AUGGACGACAAGGAUGACUGCACGCACUCGACCAUCGAGGACAUCAAAUCCGCUUCUGCAUCCUCCACGCCCACCGAGUACGACAAGGCACUCGAGAAGCGUCUCCUGUGGAAAUGCGACCUGCACGUCGUGCCCAUCCUCACGCUGCUGUUCAUGUUUGCGUUCCUGGACCGCAUCAAUAUCGGCAAUGCGCGGUUGAUGGGGCUGGAGAAGGACCUGGGCAUGACCGGGCAUGAGUACAACGUCGCCCUGUUUGUGUUCUUCAUCCCGUAUAUCCUGUUCGAGGUGCCGAGCAAUAUGGUGCUGAAGAAGGUGAAGCCGUCGUGGUGGCUGAGUGGGAUUAUGUUUGCUUGGGGGAUCUUGACCGUCUGCCAGGGUGUCACGAAGAGUUAUCAGGGAUUGGUGGCGUGUAGGGUGUUGAUCGGGUUGUUUGAGUCGGGGUUUAUGCCGGGAUCCGUCUACCUGAUCAACAUGUACUACCGUCGUCAUGAGCUGCAAUGGCGACUCAAUGUCUUCUUCAGUGCUAGUAUUUGCGCUGGCGCAAUCAGCGGGCUCCUCGCCUAUGCAAUCAACAACAUGGACGGAGUGGCCGGAUACAGCGGCUGGCGCUGGAUCUUCAUCAUCGAGGGGCUCGCCACCAUCGUCGUCGCAGUCAUCGCCAAGUUCAUCGUCGUCGACUGGCCUGAGGCUUCCACGUUCCUGACCGGCGAGGAGAGAGCACUGCUGCUCCGCCGCCUGGCUGAGGACCAGGGCGAGGCGAGAAUGAACCGUUUGGAUAAGCAGUCCUUGAAACGCACAUUUGCAGACCCGAAGAUCUACCUGGGACCCCUCAUGUACUUCGGCAUCGUCAACACCGGCUACGCCGUCUCUUUCUUCACCCCGACCAUUCUCAACCAGCUCGGCUGGACCGCCGUCCGCGCCCAGGUCAUGAGUAUCCCCGUCUACUGCGUCGCCAUGGUCAUCACGCUCUCCGCCGCAUACGUCAGCGACCGGCUCCGCCACCGGUACCUGUUCACCCUGGCCGGGUGUCUCAUCGCCACCAUGGGCUACGUGAUCCUGCUCUGCCAGGCCUCGGUGCCCGUUGCGGCGCGCUACUUCGCCGUCUUCGCCAUCACGGGCGGUGGGUACCUCACGCAGCCCAUCCUGAUGGGCUGGCUGAGCAACAACAUGGCGGGCCAUUACAAGCAGUCCAUUGCGUCCGCGAUGCAGAUUGGUUUCGGAAACUGUGGUGGACUUGUGGCGAGUAAUAUCUUCUUUAAGGAGGAGGCGCCGCGGUAUCGCACGGGGUACGGGGUGAGUCUGGGGAUGACCUGGGUCUGUGGGAUUGCGUGUGCUUCGUUCCUGGCGUACCUGGCGCGAGAGAACCGUGCGAGAAACGCUGGUAAGCGAGAUUGGAGGUUGGGGUUGCCCAGGGAGGAAGUGGAGAACCUGGGCGAUGAUCAUCCUUCGUUCCGAUUCACUUACUAG